ACGAGAAAGAAAACUAGCCGUUAACUCGCCAUUCUUCCCCUCUGCUUCCCAUUUAUUCCAUCUUUUUGUUUCGUUCCCUUCCAGAUAACUCUCGCCUCUUUUCUUUCUCUCAUCUUUCCCCAAUCUCUCUCUCUCUCUCUUUCACAUCUGCGAUCCAUACCGAGGAAACGCCGACACCAUCUAAUCAUUCUUUCGAUAGCCCUUCUCUCGUUCAGAUCAGAAAGGAAGAGCAGGAUGGCUUCAAGAACCGCCUCGAAGGACAUCAUCACCCUCAGGGGCUCCGCAGCCAUCGUCAGCGAGUUCUUUGGUUAUGCAGCAAAUAGCAUUCUUUACAAUCGAGGUGUCUACCCGGAGGAAAGUUUCACCAAGGUGAAGAAAUAUGGCCUGUCGAUGCUAUUGACUCAGGAUGAAGGCGUGAAAUCGUUCAUUGCUAACCUAACUUCCCAAUUGUCAGAAUGGUUGGAAGCUGGGAAACUACAGAGGGUUGUACUUGUGAUCAUGAGUAAGGCCACCUUGGAGGUCCUUGAGAGAUGGAAUUUCAACAUAGAGACCGAUGCUGAGGUUGUCGAAAAGGGGGUCAGCAGGGAAAAGAGUGACAAAGAAAUAAUGAGGGAGAUUCAGGCGAUCAUGCGUCAGAUUGCCUCCUCCAUUACUUAUUUGCCAUGUCUCGAUGAACCCUGUGUGUUUGAUGUGUUAGCCUACACCGAUAAAGAUGUCGCCGUUCCAUUCGCCUGGAUUGAGAGUGAUGCCAAACUGAUCCAGAACCCCCAAAUGGUGAAGUUGCAUUCUUUUGAUACCAAGAUACAUAAAGUGGAUACAUUGGUUUCGUACAAGAACGAUGACUGGGACGAGCAGUAGAACAUCUGCAUUAUGCUUUGUUUAGAUGUUACUCUUGUGAAUCGUUCAUUCACAUUGAGGCAUAGGAUUGUUACAUACGUUUUCCUUUGUUGAAGGUGUAACAUUUUGUGCUGAAAUGUGAAGAUGGUGGUGUCUUGUUAAGUUUAAACUUGUUAUGGACUGAAAUUCUAUUGGUAGGUUAAUGACUGAAAAAACUUCAUUAUUU